AUGCAGAGCAAACAUUUCUUCUCAGACGCGGGCUAUUUGGGUCUCUCCGCUCUCAAUUCCUACACCCUGACCAACCCCUCCUUGGGAUUCGACCCAGAAAACAAGGUCGUAUUCCGUCGCGAUACUGACACCCGAAAGCCAAAGGUGUCAAUCGUGACCGGCGGCGGUUCUGGCCAUGAGCCCGCCUUUGCAGGCUUCGUAGGCCAUGGCGUGUGUGACGCUGCGAUCGCAGGCACCAUUUUUGCCUCGCCCUCAACCGAACAAAUUAGGAAUGCUGUCCUGGAUCGGGUGCCAACGGAAAAGGGCGUGCUUGUCAUUCCAAUGAACUAUACUGGUGACGUAUUGAACUUUGGUGUCGCGGUUGAAAAAGCAAAUGCUGCCGGCGUUCGCGCGGAGUUCUUCGUUAUGGGCGACGAUGUGAGUGUUGGCCGCAAAAAGGGUGGCAAAGUCGGCCGUCGUGGAAUUGCUGGAAGUGUUCUUAUUAUAAAGCUUGCUGGUGCGUUGGCUGAAGCAGGAGGGAACAUCGAUGAAAUUCAAGGCCUCCUCGAGCUUGCAAGGUCGAACCUGGUCUCAGUUGGCUCUUCCUUGGAGCAUGUCCAUAUCCCCGGCCGUGGCGAGUCAGAACUUGAUGAAGUUCCGGAUGGUCAUAUUGAACUCGGAAUGGGAAUCCAUAAUGAGGCUGGCUCAAAGCGCAUCAAGGCGACUUUGCCGGAGGUUGUUUCCAUAAUGCUAAAACAGCUUCUGGACCAGAAUGAUCCAGACCGUUCCUUCCUGAAAUAUGAUGCUGGGGACGAGUUUGUCUUGCUGAUCAACAACUUGGGUGGUGUUAGUCCGUUGGAGAUUGCAGGCCUGACGAACGAAGUAUACAAACAUCUCCAAAAGGACUACAGUCAGCUCAAGAUUGUUCGAGUCAUCCAGGGUACCUUCUUGACUAGUUUGAAUGGUCUGGGCUUCAGCAUCUCCUUGCUUAGACUCGUCGAUACCGGCCUUGGAAGUGGCAAGUCUAUGCUUGAGCUAUUGGAAGCGCCUUCUGAUGCGAUAGGCUGGACCACCGCGGUUAGUCCGUCCGUUUGGAAGCGCGAGUACCCACCGGUCGAAUUCAAGAAGACCACGGAAGCCGACACGAAGCCUACAAGCCUGAAAGUCGAAUUCUCAACUCUCAAGAAGAUCCUCUCGGCAGGCAUCCAGCGGUUGAUCAAAGCCGAGCCAAACAUCACCAGAUACGACUCGAUCGUCGGCGAUGGAGACUGCGGAGUUGGUCUCAGGCGCGGCGCAGAAGCCGUCCAAGCCCUCCUCGACCACGAUAAAUCUCUCUCUUCAAACAAUGACGUCGUUAAGAUUCUCGAACGGAUUGUGGGCGUCGUGGAAAAGACAAUGGACGGCACCUCAGGCGCCCUUUACGCCAUUUUCCUCAAUUCCCUCGUCGCCGGACUCCGUGCUCAAGAUGCGGAGACCAAGCCCGUCAGUACAACAACUUGGGCACGUGCAUUAGAUCAUUCGGUGGAAGCCGUCGGCAAGUACACGCCUGCGCAGGUCGGCGAUCGCACUAUGAUGGAUGCUCUCCUUCCAUUUUGUACCACUCUCCAAAAGGGGGACGUCCAUGCUGCAGCCGCUGCAGCAGAAGCUGGUGCCGAAGCCACUAAGCAUAUGCAGGCGAAUCUUGGACGCACCGUCUAUGUUGGUGGAGAGGACGAGUGGCUCGGUCAGAUUCCUGACCCUGGAGCUUAUGGGCUGAGCGAAUUCCUGCAAGGUAUUGCCUCGGCGUUGUAA